AUGCCGUCUAUGGUUGAGCGCAUAAUCAACGCCUAUAAUUGGUGGAACGGCAUCAACAAAAUUAAAGAAGGCCUGAAAGAAAAGAAUCCAGACGCAAUUAAAUUCGGCGUCAUAUCAGCCGCGGCGAUCAAUUUCACUUCAUUUUUCGACCCGGUCCAGACCCAUCAGGGCGCCGAGAUUGUUGCCAUUGCCGCCAGAUCGAGGGCAAAAGCAGAAGCUCAGGUGGCUAAUUACAAGCUCACCGCAGCCAAGGUUUACGACUCGUAUGAAGAAGUCCUCCAAGAUCCCAAUGUCGAGGCCGUCUACAUUCCUCUCCCCAACGGCCUUCAUCAUAAAUGGGCAAUAAACGCAUUAAAGGCUGGCAAGCACGUCUUGAUCGAGAAGCCUGUUGGAUCCAAUGCUGCCGAAGCCAAAGAGAUUCAGGACUGCGCGCGAGAAACUGGCAAGAUUGCUCUUGAAGCUUACCACUGGCGACUUCACCCUGCCGCUCAUCGUGUCAAGGAAAUUAUUGAAAGCGGCAAAUAUGGCCACGUCACGGCUACUUCUUCCAAAAUGGUCAUACCUCCUGGUGCUAUAGGUGCAGAUGAUAUCCGUUUCAACUACGCCUUGGGAGGGGGAGCUUCCAUGGAUCUUUGCUACGUUGUUUCGGGGUCUUUGUACUGGGCAUCCGCUCCCAAUGAUGUGAAAGGAACCACUUUUGAAGUGUUGGAAGCGAAGUCUCGAGUCAGCAAGCUUGACAAACGAGUCGAUGAAGCCAUGGAGGCAACUUUCGUUAUUCGUAAUGCGGAUAGUGCGAGACCGCCAGUCAUGUGCACCACCACUUGUAAAUUGGUGCUGCCAAAGUUCUUGGGAUUUAUCCCACAGUUUUGGGAUCUGACGCCGACAACAGUGGUGGAGCUAGAGCAAGCCAAAAUCGAGCUGACGGCCUUUAUUGCGCCGUACAUUGGGCACAAGAUCAUCAUCACUGAGAAGAGCGGCAAGAAGACCGUUGAAACUGUCUACAAGGAUGGGCCCGUUUGGGGCAAGAGGGGAGAGCCUUGGUGGACAACGUACAGAUAUCAGCUUGAGGCCUUUGUGGAUCGUGUCAAGGCAUAUAAAAACCAGGAACCAUAUAAUGGGCCUUGGGUUGAUAUGGAUGAAAGUGUGAAGCUCAUGGAGAUUAUCGAUGGCAUCUAUAAAAAGGCAGGGAUGCCGUUGCGCGGAGCAGAGUAG